AAAAAAAUAAAAAUAAUUUUUAAAAUAAAAAAAUAAAAGCAAAAUGUUUAUUAGGUGUCUCAAUAUAAACGUUUGAAAAAUUCCGCAGAAGCGCGAACAAGGCCGCCAGAUGUGCAGGCAGCGGAGGAGGAGGAAGAGAUGGACCUCCCGGAAUCGGCCUCAAGGGUCUUCUGCAGCCGCAUCAUGAGCAAGGUGAACACAGAUGACGUCAACGUCAUCAUCCUGGCCCAGAAGAACAUGCUGGACCGCUUUGAGAAGACCAAUGAGAUGCUGCUGAACUUCAAUAACCUGUCCAGUGCCCGCCUGCAGCAGAUGAGCGAGCGCUUCCUGCACCACACGAGGACCCUGGUAGAGAUGAAACGGGACCUGGUCAGCAUCUUCCGCCAGAUCAGGACACUGAAAGGGAAACUGGCCCAGCAGCACCCGGAGGCCUUCAGCCACAUCCCGGAGGCAUCCUUCCUGGAGGAUGAGGAUGAAGACCCCAUCCCACCCAGCACCACGAUCACCAUCGCUACCUCAGAGCAGAGCACGGGCUCCUGUGACACCAGCCCUGACACCAUCUCACCCUCCCUGAGCCCCGGCUUCGAGGACCUGUCCCAUGUCCGGCCCAGUCCCCCAGCCAUCAAUGGGCGCAGCCAGACAGAUGAUGAGGAGAUGGGCGAGUAGCCCUGCUGCCUGGUGCCUUGAGGGUCUCAGGGCAGCGGCAUACAAGGUGGCAGCAGAUGACCCUGCCUUGUUCUGUCACCCAGGGUGCCUUUGUUGCCCCAUUCUGUCACCCAGGCUCCCAGGGGGACAGGGCUCUCUCGAAGGGUGUGGAUUGCUGAGCGGGGUCUUUCAUUCUGGCUCCUUCCUUCCUCAGAACACAUCUCCUCUGCAAGACUCCUCUGCCAUGCCAGGGCAUGCCCAUCCCAGCAGGAGUUGCGGGGCUGGGCACGGGAAUUUUUCCAGAGCUGAGCCUCAUGUCUGCUGUGAAUAAUGCUUAAAAAGGUUCCCAGAGACCAGAGCCAGAUGUCCGCCACCUCUGGUCAGGACCUCCUUGAGGCGCACAAGCACGGUCUCGUGUGAGUUCGCCCCCGCUCACCCCUGCACCCGCUAAUUCUGCUUUUCCUGCCCUUUCCUCUGUAAAAGUAUCAAAUACUUUCUCCUCAGUAUCUCAAGGAAGUUUCUGAAAUAGGUCAAAGGCUCAAGAGGAAGGCUGGAGGGCCGUCCAUUCAGCCCUGAGCGUGCUGAGGCCUGUUUCUCGGAACACAGGUUAGUGGAACCUGAGGGCCCAGUAGGCCUCUCUGAGGGCCUCCAUGGAACAAACGGAGCCACUCGGGAAAGAAUUUAAUGGGAUAUUUUUGUACCCGAUGUUUACAGAUGCUAUUGGGAAGCUAUCAAUAAAAAGACACCAUUACUAAAAAGGGGAAAAAAAAGAAAAAAGAAAAA